AUGGCUUCUCUAACGGCUCUAGUUUUUCUCCCUUUAUUUGAGUUCUUCUUCUUCCCAGCAAGUGCAAGUGUUUCCACUGAUCCGACUACAGACUGCUCCUACUACAGUCUACUGGAUCAUCUCAACCUGACUGGAUCAAGUAACAUUCAAAGUCUCAUGCGACCUGUGAAAAACUGGACCACAUUCACCCACGUUCAACUGGACAUAUUGUUGUUUGGUAUUUUGGAUGUGGAUGAGAAGUCUCAAACUGUCACAAAUCACCUCUGGGUUAGUAUGUACUGGACAAAUGAAUUCCUAACUUGGAAUGCUUCAGACUUCUGUGGGAUAAACUACGUGUCCAUUCCGAGGUCGAUGCUCUGGAUCCCAGAUAUAGUCAUCCAACAAGAUGCUUCUGACACUGGGAGUAUUCACAACGGUCCACUUCUCACACUGAAUUCCAGCGGCUGGGUGUUUUCGAGGGCCCUCCAACGACUUACCUACACCUGCCAGCUCAAUCUCCUAAAUUUCCCUUUUGAUACGCAACACUGUAACAUUACAUUUUCAUCCAUGAGCUUUGACGCAAGAACUAUGAGACUUGGAACAUUAACCGAUGACACGGUACUUACUGCAAUCUCUAACCAGAUGAUGAUCACAAAGGGAGAAUGGACGCUUAGAAACAUGGAAGUUGUCCGAGACCAAAGUAACACGGGGAAUGAAUACCCAAGCUACCUCAUAUACAUGAUCACACUGGAGAGGAAACCACUGCUUUAUCUAGUCAACUUUAUCAUCCCCCUGGCCUAUUUACUGGGGCUGGAUUUGGCUUCUUUCUUCAUCAGCGCAUCCAGUGGCGAAAAGCUGAGCUUCAAAGUGACGAUACUACUGUCCAUCUCCGUCUUACUGCUGAUUCUUCAGGACAUGCUGCCGUCCACCGAAGACUGCCUGCCAUGGAUCGCUUCCUACUGUGUUGCGAUCUUCGCCCUGGUGGGGAUCAGCGUCCUGGAGGCCAUGCUGGUGAGCUUCUUGAGCCACUUUGGUGAUCAUUGUGGUAAAGACGCUCAAAGCUCUGUAGAUGCUCAAGAGGAUAUUCAGCUGGAAGUAGGCUUUCGCAAAGGUAGUGCACAGGGGGAUUCCCUGAAAGCAGCAUCUGCUGUAAAAACAAUCUUCCCUGUUUGCCAUUCAGAGCCUGCUGGAGAUGAAGAGAAAAGCCCGGUGACACCUGAGAAGAGUUCCAGUCCUUUGGAUUGGCCUGGCGUCCGUGACCUGCUGAAACGAAUCCUGGACGAACUGAAGACAGCUCGAUUAGAAGCCGGUGGAAAGAAGAAUGAGAAGAGACAGUCUGGAUUCUGCAAAGUUCUGGCUAGCAUCAUAGACUUAAUUUUCUUUAUCGCAUAUUUUGUGACUGUUGUGGUGUUUCUGGUAGUUGUUUAUGUCAACUGGAUUCAAGGGGGGUUUUGA